UGCGAGCACGGGUACUGCAACGAGUGUCUGCAAAAUGCUUUCAAGGCUGCGCUAAAGUCGAGGGCGCCGUUUCAAUGCUGCAAAAAGGCAUUAAGCGUCAGGGACUGUCUCGGCUUGGCGGAUGGAUUUGUAGCAGAGUACGAGGAGAUGAUGCUCGAGCUGUCAACGCCGAAUGCAAUGUUCUGCUCCAACGCCCAAUGCGCAAGGUUCCUACCACCACGAGUGAUCGUGGGUGAUAUCGGGACGUGUGAGAAGUGCUCUGCGCAAACAUGUCGGCAUUGCAGACAGGUGGCACACCCUGGGACUUUCUGCGCAGAAGACAAAGAAACGGAAGCGGUCAAGAAGCUGGCUAAGAAGAAGGGCUGGAAAACGUGUCCUGGGUGUAAUCACUUGAUUGAGAGGAGGGAAGGUUGCCUGCAUAUGACAUGCUCAAGGUGUCAGACGGCAUUCUGCUAUCGGUGUUCGAGACCGUGGAAGGAUUGU